UCUUGCAGUCUGACAGAGGCGGGUGGAAGCAAGUUGAGAGAAAGGACAUUCCCCAGCAAGGGAGCUGGACAGUCCUCGACCCCGUGCUAAGUAAAGGACAGCCAGCCACGCCACUUGCUUUUGCCUAAAAUAAAUCCCCCCAAGCCCCAGGAGAUCCGUUUGCAGUUGAACUGAUUUUCCAGGCAGCAUGGACAUCAAGGAGUAUUUUGCCAGAAUUUCUUACCGAGGCUCCCAUGAUAAACCGGACCUGGAAACCUUGACGGAAAUAUUCCAGCACCACAUCCAAGCAGUUCCUUUUGAGAACCUCAGCAUUCACUGUGGGGAAAGCAUCGAGCUGGAUCUAGCAGCCACUUACAACAAGAUAGUGAGAAAGAAACGUGGGGGCUGGUGCAUGGAGAACAACCACCUCUUAUCUUGGGCCCUGAAAACCCUAGGGUACAGCGUCACCCUUCUGGGAGCAAAAGUUUACGUCCCGGAGGAUGAUGCAUAUGCUGAUGACAUUGAUCAUCUGUUGCUAAAAGUGGUGCUUCAUGACAAAUCCUACAUUGUAGACGGUGGUUUUGGGAUGGCCUACCAGAUAUGGCAGCCAAUGGAGCUGAUUUCAGGGAAAGAUCAGCCUCAGACACCCGGCAUCUUCCGCUUCCUAGAAGAGAAUGGGACCUGGUACCUUGAGAAGGUGAAAAGGAAGCAGUAUGUUCCCAACCACAGCAACACUGCUCCUCACAACGUGGACAAAGAAGUUUGCCGUCGAGUUUAUCUCUUCACCCUCCAGCCGCGAGACAUAGAAGAGUUUAGAGCCAGAAAUCUGCACCUGCAGACUGCCCCAGACUCACUUUUUGUUACAAAGUCCAUCUGCAGCCUGCAGACCGCCGACGGGGUUCGGGCACUCGUGGGGUGGAAACUUACUGAGAUAAAGUACAAUUAUAAGGAUAACAUGGAUCUGGUGGAAAUCAGAAUCCUCGCAGAUGAAGAAAUGGAGAAAACACUGAAGGAGAAAUUCAAUAUAAUAUUAGAUAAGAAAUUUGUACCCAUCAAUACAAGCAGGUUGUCUCUGUUUUAACUCACUGCCUGUUUUAUAAUUCAAUAUGGUGGCAUUACGUGCAAUUCUCCCCCCUCUUCCUGACAAGAAUCUAAAGGUUAAUCUUUCUCCUUCCAUUUACCCCAGCAGAAGGCAGAGCAGAUUAGCAUGAAUCGGGAAAAGCAAUUGAUUUUCACAACUGUUCCUGCAUCUCUCCUUGGUCUGGGUACAAAUCAUUUCUUCCUCACUCAAUCAAAUCACUCCCCUUCUGUUUGUGCUUAGCUGGCAACAGAUGCUGCCCAUUCCCUGCUCCAUUCAUCUCUUAAAAGCUUUUUCCACUAACCCAGAGCAGCAGGGCAGGGAGAGGGAACAGUGUGUCCCUUUCCUUAUUACUUAGCUCUACCACCUGGGGAAAAAUCACACCCACAUCUUAAAUUAAUGCCAUACUAUUUUUUGAAAUGUAAUAGCCAGAAAAAAUAAAGACAUCCAAUGCCAUUUGCUACAAUAAACCUGUCCUUUGUGCCCCUGCACCCCUCGCACUUUCUCACACAGCAAUUCUAACACUCACUGAAGGGGCUAUUUGUGGCUUAAAACUGGUGAUGAGAAAUAUUAGGAGACAAAUCUGCCUUCUUUCAGAUUUCUGUACCCUCAGCAACAUAACCAAAGCUUUCAAACUGAAAACACCUCCGGUGGAUUGUUUGUGAGCACCCAGGAGAGGACUGCUGGGAAUGCACCCUCCUCACACAAGACUCACUUCUAUGCCAAAUAUGACUGCUUGUCAGUCAGUUUUCCCAAAAUGUAUGUAUUUGACUGCUUGUAGUGAUUCUAAUUAUAUUGAUAUAAGGAGAAACGAUGAAUCUUAAUCAGAUACCUAAAGGCUAAGAUUUUUAGCAUGAGAAAAUACACAAAUGUAAUCACUUUGCCCUUUGAGAUGAUGCUUGAUCUCCCUUUAUGUACGAAUCACAAAGCAUUACAACUAUGCACUUACAAUUAAUAAUGUAAGCCAGUUACAAUUAAAUAAAAAGACAAGAAUUGUGAAGUAGAAGUAUUCAGUCCGUUUGUUCCUCUUGUAUUACAACCUCUAAUCCCAAAGAAAAAAAAUAGCAUUAAUCACCACAACUACCCCCAUUGUCUGCAUGUGCUGAUAUUUUGCAGCUAAGGCUGUUAGAAAUGCAAUAACUCACUGUCCCUCCUUUUUUAUUGUUUGUUUGUUAAGCAAUGUGUGCAGCUUCCUGCAACUAGAAAUUUACAGUUAGCAAAACCUGCUGCUAUUCUGCACCUUCCAAAGGCAUUUCACAGAGACACAGCUAGCUCUCAAAUGCAUCCGUAUGUGUUUGGAUAUGAGCAUGCACACAAGGCUCCCCAUAACCUAUGGGGAAAUGAGAUGUUAAAGUAAACUGCAGAAGAAAAAGGGGAUUGUCAUGGGGCAGGAGUAUCCUGUAAUGCAGAUGGUCAGCAGGAAUCAGCCCAGAAUCUACUGGGUUCACAAGUAGCAGAGUAGAAGCAGAGGUGGAGGAGAUGGCCAGAGGAGGCUGCAGCGAGAAGAAAGCUGUGGUCUAGAAGCUCCUCAGCCCCUGCCUGGCUAUUUCUCAUGCUUUGGGUUGGUUUGUUGGCUCAGAGGAAAGGCUAAGGGGUUAAGCUCAUUGCCCCAGAGAUGCCACAUGUGAAGGGCAAACCAAUGACAGAGAAAAAGUGCUGUUCUUUCAGCUGACUCAGGUCCAGAGGUUCAUGCCCUGGCUGCUAUCUGCUGGCCCAGCUCAGCGCUACCAGCCCUGACAAAUCACAUGCAGUUAUGCUGGAAGGGGGAAAAAAAAAGAGACUCCUCAGCUCAGAUUUCACUGGUUUGCUUUUUUCCUUAUCAGAGGCAAAGUCUUAAAGGCCUAGCAGGCUUCAGAAGCACCUCACUUAGGAAGGACAGGGCUUCCAGGCCUCGGAGGACUGACUGCCUUUGCACAUCUGGCCUUGCUGCCUAACGGCCAGAGCCAGCUGUGAUUAAUCCUACUGCUGCCACCUCCUGUCUACAGGUCAGUGACUCGCUUGGCUUGGCUUAGAAGCUGUCAGUCCUAAAUCACUUCCUGCAAGGAUCCUGGACGUCAGUGUCACUGAUGUAUCAAAUGUUGCACUCUCGCUUUGCUGCUUUGGCGUGGGUGCUCCAAAACUGAAGCAGGGGGGUGAUGGGGAUUGCAAAUGGGGUGACAGCCACUUGCAAAAGGUGCUUAUGCUACCUGUAAUGGAUUGCUGCCUUGCAUUCCUGGAGGACUUUUAGCUGUCAAACAGCCUACGCAAUAUUAUAAGCAAUCUGGGGGAAUGCAUCAAGUUUUGACUCUUCAUAUAGCACCUACCACAGUUAAUUGGACAGCAGGGCUUUCUGUUCCAAAAAAAAAAAAAAAAAAAAAAAA